AACAUGGAGAUGCCGAACCCCCUCAAGAAACCAGAUAAAACUGUGGGUCUUUUACCACAGAGACAGCAGGUUCAGUCUAAACCUCGGUGGCAUGAAGCAAGCCCUAGCUUUAGACUUCAGGGACCAUCUCAAGAGGACAUCCUUGGCUCUUUGCUCUCUAGAGAUGUGCAAGGAGCAGGGGUACACUGGCGUCAGACUCGUCAUCGAGGUCCACAGCAUGUGGGGACCAAAGAUGGAGGGCUUUCAGGACUUUCUUACAGGCAUCGUGGCGGUGUCCAACCCAAGAAGGAUCGUGAGCAGUUUCGCAGUGCUCUUGUCAGCAUUAUUAUGCACCGUGAAGAUGCCAUUGCUAAGUCCAUCACAGAAGACAGCACCCCAUCCACUUCGGGAUCGCCUACUGCUGCAGAGAAGGACAUUUUGAGAUACUACUAUUACAUCCGCAAUGGGAUAGGCACAGAGGACGUGGCAGCUAUGGAGGACUCUUGGCUUAAGAAUGUUCUUGCUUUAGUCCCAGAACACCUGAAGAGUUUGAGUGGAACCAUUGAGACUCUCUCAGAUGAGAUGAGAGAAGACUAUCUGCUCAGUGUCAAAAAGGCCAUAGUGGAUUUUGUGCUGCAAGACCCCAGAGAGAAUCAGGAGUCCAAAGCUAGAGAUCUCCCUGCACACAGACAGGAAAUGGAAAUUAUUCCAAAGCCAUGGAAUAAAUCAUUUCUUCAGGCCCAGAAAAGAAUGAGACACCAGCUUCACUCAAUCAAUCCCACUAUGCUCGCAAUACUAGAUCUGUGGCAAGUGUCUUUCAAGAAGCUGCGCCUUGUUGAUGUGGAGGUCUUCCACAACGAGCAGGAAUCUGUGGAGUUGUCUGCUUUUCAGCAGUUAGUCAGCAAACACAUUGAAUAUGCCACAGGCAUCCUUCUCAAAAAGUGGAUACCAGAAGUGCAGCAAAUCUGUUGUCUUGGUAGCAAGCGCAAACUGAUCCCUAGCAACAGUAGUGUUGCUCGACUGCAGUCUUUCUACAACUGCCUGGCCACGCUCAUGACCUACCAGCUCCAAAGCCUGGCACUGGAGUCUAUUCAGGACUACACACACCUCAUCGCCCAGGACCCUCGGUCAGCGCGAGCCUAUGAUCAUCCAGGGUUCGUCCUAAGGCUGGUGCUGGAUCAAAAUACUAUCAGAUUUGAACCUGAUUUCAAAGACUUUGAAGUCACUCUGCUAAAUGUGUAUGACAUGAUGCUGAAAUCCUUAAGUUUGAUCCCUCGAGUAGAGAUGAAGCUGUACUCAGAAUGGCCUGGCCCAGAAACACAUCAUACUCUGAAGCCAAUCAUUUUGCCGGAGAUCCUGAAGGCCCAGCAGGAGAAAAUCACACAUGUAAUAUGUGCAGAAAGAGCUGAACCUUUGAAGCAUGUGCGUCUUUAUGAUAAGUAUGCUCCGCUGGUGUCCCAGCAAGCUGAGGAGGAUGUUACCCAGUUCCUGCAGGAGCAGCACUCCUUCCAGGAGCUGAUGAUGGAGGUGACACGCUACCAGCAGUUGGCUGAUGAGAUCCAAUACAACACCCUGAAGGUGGUGCGUUUGGGCAUGUUUGAAGUGCACUCCCAUGAUCUGGUCCGUGCCCUUGUGAAGCGAGCAGAGGGUCUCCUGCAGAAACUGGUCACUCACAUGUUGCAGGGUCAUCAAGAGUUCAAUAGCAAGUUGUGUGAGGAAUAUGAUACAAUAUCAAAUAAAGCCCUUAGAAAUCCAUCAAACACACAGGAACUCAUGGAACUUACGGCAUAUGUGAUGAAGGUGGAGGCUGAGGAAAUGCCUCAGUUGGAAAUGAAGCUUCAGGAGUCCAAUAGCAGGUUGUGUUUCUUGGUGGAUUAUAUCACAUUCUCGCACACAGACAUUCAGCUGAACAGCAAGACCUUCCAGUGUCAUGCACGCAUGCCUUCCGUCUUUGAUCAGCACCGCCAGAUUAUCAAAGAGAAGACCAACCAGUUCCAGAAUGGCCUGAAGUUGAGAUGUGAGAGGGUUGUAGAGGAUAUCGAGAGCUAUGAACAGCAAGUGGAGGACUUUAUGACCUUUGGUGACGUCUCUGAGCUCAACAAAUAUCUGAAAAAAGCCCAGGCCCUCAAUUCCAAACUGGAUUUGGUUAUGGAAAAGAUCAGAGGCUUCAACCAGGAGGAGGAGGCCUUUGGCUGGCCUGUCUCUCAGUACCCACAAUGCAAAACUGUUCAAGACCAUCUGCUCCCUUAUCUGCGGCUGUAUGAGACGGCGGCUGAGUUUCAGAAUCAGCACCGUCAGUGGGUGAACGGCCCACUCUCAGCUGUCAACCCGGACAAAGUGGAAGCUGACGUGGGUAACUACAGCCGUUCCCUGUACAAGCUUGAAAAAAGCUUCCAGGACUCACCCAAAGCUCUUCAAAUCGCCACCUCUGUGAAGACAGAAGUGGAAGCCUUUAAGGAACACAUUCCUUUAGUGCAGGUGCUUUGUAACCCUGGUCUCCGCGAGCGCCAUUGGGAGGCCAUGUCUGCAGUUGUCGGCUUCCCCAUCAAGCCCUCAGAGGAGGAUGCCUGUGUGGCCCAGUUUCUUCCACUGCAUCUGGAAGCUCACCUCUCUGCCUUUGAAACCAUCAGCGAAGGGGCCAGUAAGGAACACGGCCUUGAAAAGGCCAUGGAGCGCAUGGCUAGUGAAUGGGAGGGGAUAGAGUUCACCCUCCUGCCCUAUCGUGAAACUGGAACCUCCAUCCUGUCCUCAUUGGAUGAGAUCCAGAUGCUGCUGGAUGACCAUAUUGUCAAGACCCAGACCAUGAGGGGCUCACCAUUCAUCAAGCCAUUUGAGGCCGAGAUACGGGACUGGGAGGGCAAACUGCUUUUGCUGCAGGAAAUUAUGGAUGAGUGGUUAAAGGUUCAGGGCACCUGGCUCUAUCUUGAGCCCAUCUUCAGUUCCCCAGACAUCAUGGCCCAGAUGCCCGAAGAGGGACGUCGCUUUACUGCUGUGGAUAAAACCUGGAGGGACACUAUGAAACAAGUCAGCCUGGACAAGCAUGUCCUGGCAGUGGUGGCCAUUGAAAAGAUGCUAGAAAAGAUGAAAAGCAGUAACGAGUUGCUGGAACUCAUUCUCAAGGGUCUGAAUGAAUACCUGGAGAAGAAGAGACUCUAUUUCCCCCGCUUCUUCUUCCUGUCCAAUGACGAGCUGCUGGAGAUCCUCUCAGAGACUAAGGAUCCAACCAGGGUGCAGCCCCACCUGAAGAAGUGUUUUGAGGGUAUUGCUAACGUCGUGUUCACUGACAUUUUGGACAUCACUCAUAUGAGGAGCAGCGAAGGAGAGGUGGUGGAGCUGCUGGAUAUCAUCUCUACAUCUAAAGCUCGUGGGCAGGUGGAGAAAUGGCUCCUGGAGCUGGAGACUGGCAUGCUCCACUCCAUUCACAAGGUGAUUGGAGAGGCAUUUGAAGCAUAUCCCAAAGACCUAAGGAUCAACUGGGUCAGGGCCUGGCCAGGUCAGACAGUGCUCUGUGUGUCACAGGUUUACUGGACAAAGGACAUUCAUGAAGCCAUUGCAAAGGGGCCGAAGGCUCUUCAGGCCUAUCUCGAGCAGAACAAUACUCAGAUAGAUGACAUUGUGACUCUGGUGCGUGGCACGCUAUCCAAACAGAACCGAGUAACACUUGGAGCACUGGUGGUACUUGACGUUCAUGCACGGGACGUGUUGGCUUCUCUGGUACAGAAGGGUGUGGAUGAUGAGACCAACUUUGAGUGGCUCAGCCAACUACGCUACUAUUGGAUUGAAAACCAGCUUCAGACAAAGAUGAUCAAUGCAGGCUUGGCAUACGGCUAUGAGUAUCUUGGAAACACACCACGACUGGUCAUCACCCCUCUCACUGAUCGCUGCUAUAGAACUCUAUUUGGAGCUUUACACUUACAUCUUGGCGGAGCCCCAGAGGGUCCUGCAGGUACCGGCAAGACUGAAACUACCAAAGAUCUGGCUAAAGCCAUAGCUAAGCAGUGUGUAGUCUUCAACUGCUCUGAUGGCCUGGACUACAUUGCACUGGGCAAAUUCUUUAAGGGCUUGUUGUCAUCCGGUGCCUGGGCCUGCUUUGAUGAGUUCAACCGUAUUGAUCUGGAAGUGCUUUCAGUGGUGGCUCAGCAAAUUCUAACCAUCCAGAGAGGUAUUUCUGCCCAUGCUGAGAUGCUGCAGUUUGAGGGGACAGAGCUGAAACUGAACCCUACCUGUGCUGUCUUUAUCACAAUGAACCCUGGCUAUGCAGGACGCUCUGAGCUGCCUGACAACCUGAAGGCUCUCUUCCGGACAGUGGCUAUGAUGGUGCCAGACUAUGCUCUGAUAGCUGAGAUUGUGCUGUAUUCCUGUGGAUUUGUCAGAGCACGACCGCUCUCAGUGAAGAUUGUAGCUACGUAUAGACUGUGCUCUGAGCAGCUCUCUUCCCAGCACCACUAUGAUUACGGCAUGAGAGCUGUCAAAUCUGUUCUGACUGCCGCAGGGAACCUGAAGCUGAAGUUUCCAGAGGAGAAUGAGGAUAUUCUGUUGCUGAGAUCUAUUAUUGAUGUCAACCUCCCGAAAUUUCUGUCUCAUGACCUUCCAUUAUUUGAGGGCAUCACUUCCGAUCUAUUCCCUGGAAUCAAGCUUCCAAAACCAGACUACAGAGUGUUGCUUGAAGCUAUUAAUGAAAACAGCGCUAAGAUGAACCUGCAGGUCACUGACUUCUUUGCUGAGAAGAUCCUGCAGAUCUAUGAAAUGAUGAUUGUGCGUCACGGCUUCAUGAUGGUGGGAGAACCCUUUGGUGGGAAGACGUCUGCCUACCGCGUGCUCGCCGCAGCCCUACAUGACAUCUGUGAGAAGAGACUGAUGGAGGAGAACAGGGUUCAGAUCACUGUUAUCAACCCAAAGUCUAUCACUAUGGGCCAGCUGUAUGGGCAGUUUGAUCCUGUGUCCCAUGAGUGGUCAGAUGGCAUCUUGGCUGUCAGCUAUAGAGCAUUCGCCACUUCCCAGAGUCCUGACAGAAAGUGGCUGAUUUUUGAUGGGCCUGUGGAUGCAGUGUGGAUUGAGAACAUGAACACUGUACUGGAUGACAAUAAGAAGCUUUGUCUCAUGAGUGGAGAGAUCAUCCAGAUGUCCCCACAGAUGAGCCUUAUCUUUGAGCCCAUGGACCUGGAGGUGGCUUCACCAGCCACGGUAUCUCGCUGUGGUAUGAUCUACAUGGAGCCUCACAUGUUGGGAUGGCGGCCUCUGAUGCUGUCUUGGUUCAACACUUUGCCGUCUACCCUGAGCUCCAUGCACAAAGACCUCAUCACUGGCCUCUUUGACCGCAUGCUGCCAGCAUGUCUUCAGCUCAUCCGCAAAGGCACUAAGGAAUUAUCUCCUACGUCCAACACGAGCCUGGUGAGGUCUCUGAUGAAUCUGAUGGACUGCAUGAUGGAUGAGUUCAGAGAGGAGAGCCAGAUAAAGGGGAUGAGCGAGAGAGAUGUGUGCUCCUGGCUUGAGGGCAUCUUUGUUUUUUGCCUUGUGUGGUCAGUUGGGGCCAGCUGCACUGAAGCAGGAAGGGUAAAAUUCGAUGGCUUGGUGAGGGAGAUGCUGGCAGGUGGUCUUAGUGAAGAGACGCGCACACGCCAUGGAAUCCUGGAGCACGUGGUGCCUCCCGCCAAGCAGCUGACGGUGUCUUUACCCACUGAGGGCACGCUCUAUGAAUACCGCUUCCUCAAAGAGGGUCCAGGCAGAUGGGAGUUGUGGACUGAGGAGCUGAAGGCUUUGCCCCCCAUCCCCAAAGAUGUGCAGUUCAACGAAAUAAUUGUGCCUACGGAGAACACUGUACGCUACACUGCUCUCAUGAAGCUGCUCAUCACUCAUCAGAAGCCCACUGUCUUUGUCGGCCCCACAGGGACUGGCAAGAGCAUCUACAUUCUAGACUUUUUGCUGAAUCAUCUGGAGAAGGAUGUGUACAGUCCUCUGUUGAUCAACUUCUCAGCCCAAACAACAGCAGCACAGACCCAAAACAUUAUUAUGUCUAAACUCGAUAAGAGAAGGAAAGGAGUGUUUGGCCCUCCUCUGGGAAAGAAAAUGGUGGUGUUUGUGGAUGAUGUGAACAUGCCAGCAAGAGAAACCUAUGGAGCCCAGCCUCCAGUGGAGCUCCUGCGUCAGUGGCUCGACCACUGGAACUGGUAUGACAUGAAGGACUGCUCCAUGAUCAACCUAGUGGACAUCCAGAUCAUGUGUGCCAUGGGUCCGCCUGGUGGAGGUAGGAACCCCGUGACUCCUCGAUUUUUACGUCAUUUCAACACAGUGACCAUUAAUGAAUUUGAUGACAAAACCAUGUUCACCAUCUUCUCAAGAAUUCUGGACUGGCACUUGACCAUUAGAUUUCCAUUUCCCAAACCGUUCGCCAGCAUCACCUCUCAGAUCAUCAGUGCCACCAUGUCUGUGUACCAGGAGGCCACCAAAAACCUCCUACCAACCCCGACCAAGUCCCACUACCUUUUCAACCUUCGAGAUUUUUCCCGUGUCAUCCAGGGGAUCUGCUUAUCACAACCAGAGACUGCUGAUGACCCUACAGCCAUAAAACGCUUAUGGGUGCAUGAGGUCCUAAGGGUGUAUUAUGACCGCUUAGUGCAUCCGUCUGAUUGUGCAUGGAUGGUGGGCUUCCUGCAAGAAGUAUCCAAGUCUCACCUGAAAGAGGACUUCCAUCAGCUCUUCAAGCAUCUGGACAGUGACGCAGAUGGGCAUGUAACUGAAGACGACCUUCGAAGCCUCAUGUUCUGUGAUUUCCAUGACCCCAAAGGUGAGGACCGGAAAUACCGUGAGGUGGGUGACCCUGAGAAGCUCCGUCAGGUGGUGGAGACCCAUCUUGAAGAGUACAACAAUAUCAGCAAGGCUCCCAUGAAUCUUGUACUUUUCCGGUUCGCCAUUGAACAUGUAUGUCGCAUCUCCCGGAUUCUCAAACAGCCCCGUGGUCACGCUCUCUUAGUAGGAGUCGGAGGGAGCGGCCGCCAGUCAUUGACACGCUUGGCCGCCCACAUGGCUGAAGCCGAACUCUUUCAGGUGGAGAUCUCCAAGAGUUAUGGGGUUACAGAGUGGCGCGAUGACCUCAAACUCAUCAUGCAAAAAUCGACAUCUGGGGAAACUCAUGGAGUCUUCCUUUUCACAGACACCCAAAUUAAGUUGGAGUCAUUUUUGGAAGAUGUGAGUAACCUGUUAAACACUGGCGAGGUUCCCAAUCUCUUUGCCGUAGAUGAGAAGCAGGAGAUUUGUGAGCGCAUGCGUGUCUUGGACCGUCAGCGUGAGCGUGAUAAGCAGACGGAUGGCAGCCCACUGGCUCUCUUUAACAUGUUUUUGGAGCGCUGCCGCAGCCAGUUGCAUGUGGUACUGGCCAUGAGUCCUAUUGGUGACACGUUCAGAAGCCGCUUGAGACGUUUCCCUGCUCUCAUUAACUGCUGCACUAUUGACUGGUUUCAGAGCUGGCCAGAAGAUGCGCUGCAGGCUGUGGCGUCUCGUUUCUUGGAAGACGUUGAAAUGACAGACACUGCUCGGGAAGGCUGUAUCAGCAUGUGCAAAAGCUUCCACACAUCCACCAUCAAUCUCUCUGCAUGUUUCCUUUCGGAGCUGCAGCGCUACAAUUAUGUCACACCAACCUCGUAUUUGGAGCUCAUUUCUAUGUUUAAGCAUCUACUCCAGGGAAAAAGAGCUGAGGUCAUGAAACUAAAGAGUCGUUAUGAGGUUGGUCUCGAGAAGUUGGAAUCGGCUGCUACUCAGGUGUCCACAAUGCAGGUAGAGCUGGAGGCCCUUCAGCCUCAGCUGCGUGUGGCCAGUAAAGAGGUGGAAGAGAUGAUGGUGGUCAUCCAGCGAGAGUCUGUGGAGGUGUCCAAGACAGAGAAAGUGGUCCGCGUGGAUGAAGCAGAGGCUAAUGAGCAGGCAAUGGCUGCCAAGGCCAUUAAAGAUGAAUGUGACGCCGAUCUGGCGGUUGCUGUACCCAUUCUGGAAGCUGCAUUGGCUGCUUUGAAUACUCUCACCACACAGGAUAUAACUUUAGUUAAAUCCAUGAAGAAUCCUCCAGCUGGUGUCAAGCUGGUGAUGGAAGCCAUCUGCAUCCUGAAAGGCAUAAAACCAGACCGUAUCCCAGACCCCUCAGGCUCUGGCAAGAAGGUGGAGGACUUCUGGGGCCCAGCGAAAAAACUGCUAGGAGACAUGAAGUUUCUCCAGAGCCUUCAUGAGUACAAUAAAGACAAUAUUCCAGCCAACUACGUCAGCGUCAUCCGCAACAAAUACAUCACCAACCCAGACUUUGUUCCAGAUAAGAUCCGCACGGCCUCUGCUGCUGCAGAGGGGCUCUGUAAAUGGGUUUGUGCCAUGGACUCCUACGAUAAAGUAGCAAAGGUAGUGGCCCCUAAGAAAGAGAAGUUGGCACUUGCAGAAGAAAAGCUGAAGGUGGCCAUGGAGAGCCUCCAGAAGAAACAGGCUGCUUUGAAGGAGGUCCAGGACAAAUUGGCCAAACUACAGGAGACCCUGGAAGCCAACAAGAACAAAAAGGCUGACCUUGAAAAUCAGGUGGAGUUGUGCAGUAAAAAGUUAGAGCGUGCAGAGCAGCUCAUUGGUGGGUUGGGAGGAGAGAAGACCCGCUGGAGUGAGACAGCCUAUAACUUAGGUGAACUCUACAAGAACCUCACCGGAGACAUUCUCAUCUCUGCUGCUAUAGUGGCCUAUCUGGGUGCCUUUACUUCCAGUUUUAGACAGCGAGCUACAGAGGAGUGGAGUGACAUGUGUAAGACAAGAGGAAUUCCCUGCUCCAAGAACAUGUCACUGAUGAACUCCCUGGGUGAGCCGGUAAAAAUCCGCAGCUGGACCAUUGCUGGCCUCCCUUCUGACAGUUUCUCCAUUGACAACGCAAUCAUCAUCUCUAAUGCGAGGAGGUGGCCCCUAAUGAUUGAUCCUCAGGGCCAGGCUAACAAGUGGCUGAAGAACAUGGAGAAAUCCAACAGUCUCCACGUCAUCAAGCUCAGUGAUGCUGACUUUGUGCGCACAUUAGAGAACUGCAUCCAAUUUGGCACUCCAGUAUUGCUGGAAAAUGUUGGGGAAGAGCUGGACCCCAUACUUGAGCCCCUGCUGCUGAAACAGACUUUUAAACAGGGUGGCAGUGUCUGUAUCCGGCUGGGUGAUUCCACUAUUGAAUAUGCUCCAGAUUUCCGGUUUUACAUAACAACCAAGCUACGAAAUCCACAUUAUUUACCUGAGGUCUCAGUUAAGGUGACCCUGUUGAACUUCAUGAUCACCCCAGAGGGGAUGCAAGACCAGCUGCUGGGCAUUGUGGUGGCCAGAGAGAGACCUGACCUUGAAGAGGAGAAACAAGCCCUCCUAGUACAGGGGGCUGAGAACAAGAGGCAGCUGAAAGAAAUAGAGGAUAAAAUCUUAGAAGUGCUCUCUGCCUCAGAGGGGAACAUUUUAGAAGAUGAGACUGCUGUUCAGAUCCUCUCAUCUUCUAAGGUUCUGGCCAAUGAGAUCUCUGAGAAACAGGCCAUUGCCGAGGUUACUGAGCUGAAGAUUGAUCAGACACGCUUGGGCUACACCCCAAUUGCUGUCCACUCUGCUAUUUUGUUUUUCUCCAUCGCUGACCUGGCCAACAUCGAGCCCAUGUAUCAGUACUCUCUAACAUGGUUCAUCAACCUCUUCAUCCUGUCCAUUGAUAAUUCCCAAAAAAAUGACAUUCUCGAACAAAGACUCCAGAUUCUGAAGGACCAUUUUACAUACUCGCUUUACGUCAACGUAUGUCGCUCUCUGUUUGAGAAGGACAAACUGCUCUUCUCCUUCUGCCUCAAUGUCAACCUACUCAAACACAACAAGCUCGUGGAUGAGAAGGAAUGGCGUUUUCUCCUGACAGGCGGUGUGGGUCUGGAUAACCCUCAUUCGAACCCCUGCACCUGGCUGCCUAAGACAUCCUGGGAUGAGAUCUGUCGAUUGGAUGAGAUGGAGCGCUUUAAAGGCCUGCGGAAAGACCUGGCUCGACUCCGGGAGGGCUGGAAAGAGGUUUACGAUAGCAAGGACCCCCACCACACUGCUUUCCCUUCAGAGUGGCAAGAGAAACUAGGACAGUUCCAGAGGAUGCUGGUUAUAAGAUGCUUACGGCCAGACAAGAUUAUUCCCAUGGUUCAAGAGUUUGUGUCAGAAAACUUGGGGCAGCAGUUUAUUGAGGUGCCACCCUUUAAUUUGGCCACGGCUUUUGCUGACAGUCACUGCUGCGCUCCACUCAUCUUUAUCCUGUCUCCGGGAUCAGAUCCCAUGGCAGCACUGCUCAAGUUUGGUGAGGAACAGGGUUUCACAGGCAACAGACUGACCUCCCUGUCUCUGGGACAAGGUCAGGGCCCCAUCGCCAUGGGCAUGAUUGAGACUGGCGUCAAGGAGGGAGCCUGGGUGGUUUUACAGAAUUGCCACCUGGCCACCUCUUGGAUGUCCACCCUCGAGCGUGUCUGUGAGGAGCUGAAUCCAGAUACCACUCACCCAGAUUUCCGCUUGUGGCUGACCAGUUACCCCUCUCCCAACUUUCCCGUGGCUGUACUGCAAAACGGAGUCAAAAUGACCAAUGAGGCUCCCAAGGGGCUGCGCUCCAACAUCAUCCGUUCUUUCUGCAUGGACCCCAUAUCAGACCCUGAGUUCUUUGACAGUAGCUCAAAGCCGGCUGUCUUUAAGAAGCUGCUGUUCAGCCUGUGCUUCUUCCACGCCUUGACCCAGGAGAGGAGAAAAUUUGGUCCUCUAGGCUGGAACAUCCCUUAUGAGUUCAACGAGACAGACCUGCGGAUCUCAGUCCAGCAGCUACAAAUGUUCUUGGACCAGUAUGAGGAGAUCCCUUUUGAUGCUCUUCGCUACAUGACAGGAGAGUGUAACUACGGAGGUCGUGUCACAGACGACUGGGAUCGCAGAACCCUGAGCACAAUCCUUUCCAUCUUCUACACCUCCGAGAUCAUUGACAAUGCUGAUUACAAGUUUGACCCUAGUGGCCUGUAUUACUCACCACCAGAAGGAGAUUAUAACAGCUACACUGAGUACACCAAGACACUACCUCUAAAUCCCUCACCUGAAAUCUUUGGCAUGAAUGCCAAUGCUGAUAUUACUAAGGACCAAGUGGAAACACAGCUGCUGUUUGACAGCAUUCUUCUCACUCAGUCCCGUUCUUCAGGUGGCAGUGCUGCAUCUUCAGAUGACAUGGUGUACGAGGUGGCUGCAGACAUUCUCAAUAAACUUCCUCAAGAUUUCGAUACAGAUGCUGCCAUGCGCAAGUACCCCACCAGCUACAACCAAAGCAUGAACACAGUGCUGGUGCAGGAGAUGGGACGAUUCAACAAACUCCUCCAGACUAUACGGGAUUCGUGUGUCAACAUCCAGAAGGCCAUCAAGGGUCUGGUUGUCAUGUCUGCUGAACUUGAGGAAGUUGUAAGCAGCAUUCUAAAGGGUCGCAUCCCUGCCAUGUGGAUGAAGAAGUCGUAUCCCAGCCUUAAACCACUGGGAAGCUACAUCAAUGAUUUUCUUGAAAGACUCCAGUUUUUACAGGGUUGGUAUGUGGAUGGCACGCCUGCAGUGUUCUGGAUGUCCGGGUUCUUUUUCACUCAGGCCUUCCUCACUGGAAGCCAACAGAAUUAUGCCCGAAAAUACACCAUCCCCAUUGACCUGCUCAGCUUCGACUUUGAAGUCAUGGAGGACAAGGAACACAAAAACCCCCCAGAGGAUGGUGUUUACAUCCGUGGCCUUUUCUUGGAUGGUGCCCGAUGGGAUCGGAGAACAAAGCGCUUGGCAGAGUCUUUCUCCAAAAUCCUGCAUGACGCCAUGCCUGUGAUCUGGCUGAAGCCCAUGAAGAAGCAGGACAUUCCCGAGCGUCAGUGCUACAUUUCUCCUGUCUACAAGACCAGCGAGAGACGUGGAACCCUUUCCACCACUGGACACUCCACCAACUACGUCAUAGCAAUGACCCUGAAUUCAGACGUGCCUCCAGAGCACUGGAUCCGUCGUGGCGUGGCCUUACUGUGUCAGCUUAACUCCUAGAUACACUUCUUGUAUCCUUUACUUCACUCUAUAGUAAAGUAUUUGUAGCUAAAUAAUAUUUUAGAUUUCGAAAUACCAUCUGUCUAGAGACAAAUUAUACUUUUUA